AUGCCCUUGGAAGGAGACAUAUUUAAUAGGAAUGUCAGUAAUACCCUCGCUAAUAAUGGUCUUUCUACGGUGCAAGCUCAGAUGGUGCAUAGAUUCUCUAAAGUGGCAUAUCUUGCCAGUGUACGUCAAUUGGACAUUCAUGGAACAAUUGGCACAGAAAUGUUAUCACCAAAGACAGAAUAUGCUCCUUAUUUGGUGCUCAAGUUGGCCAAUACUGUGCACCUUGCAAGAUUUCAAGAAAGUGGGGAUAUCCCAAAAAUGAGAGGAGACGGAUGGAUGAAAGUAGAGUUGGGAUAUUUUAAUAGCAAGAAAGGCAGUGACGGUCCUGUUGAAGCAAGAUUGUUUGAGAAGAAACAUAUUUACAAACGUGGACUCAUUGUUGAAGGAAUCGAGUUUCGUCCCAAAUGA